GAACAAAGUCCCAUGUCUCAAAGCGAUGCCCCUAUAGGCCUGCAAAGCAAUAAUAUAUCUAGAAGGAAAAAUUAUCUUGAAAAAUUAAUGAAAGACACUAAAAGAUUAGCUCCUAAGCUCCCAUCUUUGUCUCA